AUGUAUUCAAUUAGAACAUUGAGGCCCCUUGCCUCGCGAUUCACAGCUCCAACUCUCCCCGCACUUUCACGAGCCUACUCAGCCAAAUCCUACGAGUUCAUACAAACUUCAGAACCAAGACCCGGCGUAGGGCAAAUAACAUUAAAUCGACCCAAAGCACUCAAUGCCCUAUCUACACCACUCAUAAACGAACUCAACGAUGCACUUAAAGCAUUCGAUAAAUCUCCCUCCAUAUCUGCUAUUGUUCUUACCGGAUCUGAAAGAGCCUUUGCAGCCGGUGCGGAUAUCAAAGAAAUGGCACCGCUUACCUUUUCUGAAGCCUACACAAACUCUUUCAUAGAAUCUUGGUCAGACCUCACAACCGCCAUCAAGAAGCCUAUUAUCGCAGCCGUAUCAGGACAUGCGCUAGGAGGAGGCUGUGAAUUAGCUCUAAUGUGCGAUGUAUUGUACUGCACAGAGAAGGCAAAUUUUGGGCAACCAGAAAUUAAACUUGGGACGAUUCCUGGAGCCGGCGGAAGUCAAAGACUUACGAGGGCAAUUGGAAAAGCUAGAGCUAUGGAGCUUAUAUUGACCGGCAAGAACUUUAGUGGCAAAGAAGCUGGAGAAUGGGGAGUUGCGGCAAGGACGUAUGGAAGCUGGGAAGAGCUCAUUGAAGCUGCGCUAGGCACUGCCGAGACAAUUGCAGGAUACAGUAAGGUAGCAGUACAGGCUGCGAAGGAAGUUGUCAACAAGAGUCAGGACUUACCACUCAGAGACGGUGUAGAGUAUGAGAGAAGAGUUUUCCACAGCUUAUUUGGAAGUGAAGAUCAAAAGAUUGGAAUGAAGGCUUUUGCGGAGAAAAAGAAGGCCGAGUGGACUCACAAGUAA